GAUACCUGUAAAAUUAGUUUGCACAACAUCCGUACCACUCCCAUUCACAUAUAUAUAAAUCCCAACCUUAACCCCCAAGCCACAUAUAUAUUGUCUAUAUAUAUGUAUAUUUGAAUACACGACCCGUCAUAUUAUAUAUAAUACGUCAACCCAAAGAGGAAAAUAUACACAUAAAAGAGCUAGCUAGCUAUGGCUGAGGAGUUUCAGGGCGGGAUUUGCGGCGGAAACUGGUGGAGCUCAUCGAGAAGCGUGUUCAUGGCGGCGUCGCCGUGUUCUGUGGGGCUAAGUCAUGACGUGGCGGGGUUUGGUUGGCCGAGCCAUGACAUGGUUGACAUCAAGCUGGCAAGGUCUUCCCCAGGAGACACUAAUUCGGUUUGUGAUAGUACUUCUAAUAACAAUAUUCAUAGUGGAUUUCAAGAAGUUCAAAAGCCUCAAUACCAAAGUCACGAUAAUAUUAACUCCGUCAGUGGUAGCGGCAGUAGUGUUUUGAUCGAUUCCACCGCGCAAAUGAUGGGUUUUAGCCUCUCAACCUCAGAUUUGAACCAAUCCAAUAACAAUUUUCUCAAUAGCGGAAGAGCAGAGAGUAACAAUAUUUAUUCCAUGCUUCAAGAAGACAUGGGAACAAAGUUGAAUUACCGGCAAGAAAUCGGUUUAUUAGAUUCGUCCUCUACUCAAAUCCCAAAAGAUUUCUCUGGUAACUGCAGUACGGUGACGACAAGCCAAGCCUUGUCGGCGGGCUUACCGGUGAGCUCAUCACCGUCUUAUGUGUACGGUUCGUCGACGACGGCGACGUUGUUGCAAAGCUUGUUCGACGACGAAGCUCAUCAUGAUCAUCAACUACCACAACAAAAUUCCUUUUCCAACAACAACCGACCUAUCAACUAUAAUAAUUCGUCGUCGACGCCGGUCAAUUACGGGUCUAAUAAUUGCAACAACAAUAUGGUAUCAUCUUCUUGGCCUAGAUUCUCAGCGCCAAAGCAGUUACAACAACAGCCUGGCGGUCUACACUUCUCCAAUAAUACACCUUUUUGGAACGCCUCAGAGGCUGCAGGCCAAAACAACAACAAUAUCAUCGGCCGAGCCGGCCUUUUUACUUCGCUGCCGCAGCAAUUACAGUACGUGACACCUUUUGAAGAGAAACCCAAGUGUAAUAACUUCACGACCACAAAGCCUAAUGAAGACGUUCAGGACUCGGGAUCUGUUGUGAAGAAAAGUAGUAGUGGUAGUAUUGGUGAUCAUCAUCAACAACCUGUGCUCAAACGAGCUAGAAUCGAAACGCCUUCGCCAUUACCAACUUUUAAGGUCCGGAAAGAGAAGCUGGGGGACCGAAUCACUGCUCUCCAGCAACUAGUUUCGCCUUUCGGAAAGACUGAUACAGCUUCCGUUCUACAUGAAGCCAUCGAGUACAUAAAAUUCCUUCACGAUCAAGUCAGUGUUUUAAGUACUCCGUACAUGAAGAAUGGGGCUUCUAAUAUUCAAGUACAACAACAGGGUUCGAUUAAACCGAAGGACCAAGAAAUUAGCCCAAAACAAGAUCUGAAAAGCCGAGGACUCUGUUUGGUUCCUAUUUCAAGCACAUUCCCAGUUGCAAAUGAGACCACUACUGAUUUUUGGACACCAACAUUUGGAGGGACUUUCAGCCAGUGGGUAAUAUGGAGUUUCUCAUAUUGUUGGUGGACAUGACAAAUGGUUGUGUAUGGAAAAAGGUAGCUGAAGCCACACAAUUGCCGUGAUGUACCAGAGAAUUGAAAGAAAGAAAGGCUAAAGAAAGAAUGGUAUAAAAGGAGAAAGUAAAGGAAAGCUAGCUAAAGAAAAGACAAUGAUUUUUCUUGAGAGGGAGAGAGACAGACAAGUGCUGGGCCAGCUGCGAGAAGAUCAAUGAUGUAGGGUAGAAAAAGGAAUUAUGUAUGGGUAUGAAGUUUAUUAUUAAUUACGUAUUAAUAAUGAUAGUUAGGUUUUAUAUUAAUAUUAUAUAAAGAGAUCAGGUGGGUUAGGAGCAGGAACAGGUGCUAAAUUUAGCGGAAGUCGACAUUAGUUUGCGGAUCAUUGUUGUCGUUUGUUUAUGUUCUUGUUGUUUAUGUUGGUUUUUUUUUUUUUUUUUUUUUUUUUUUUUUUUUUUUUUAUUUUUUUCAUGUUGACAAAAAUAGCUGAAUUUAGCAGAUGGGGGAUACUGAACCUUAUGUUCCUGUUGAUGUAUAUGUAUACAUGGGCCCACACCACCUUUUAUUAUUUGAGAGCAAGAAAUCAAUUAUUA